CGGCGGGAGGAGCGAAGAUGGCGGGAGGGUGCGGCCAAGAGGCUGCUGGGAUUGUGGCGGACCCAGCGGCAAAAUGGCGGCCGUGCGGCCAGGGAGAGGCUCCUUCAAGGUGCUCUCGUCAGUUCCUCUUCAGAUGCUGUUUCACGUCAGUGGGCUGUACUAUGCCCUGUACUUCCUAGCUACAUUCCUGAUGAUUGCAUAUAAAAGUCAGGUUUUCAGCUAUCCUUGUAACUAUCUGGUCCUGGAUCUGGUCCUCUUGCUUCUGAUGGGGAUUCUCGAGGUAGCUCGACUAUACCUAGGCACGAAAGGCAACCUGACCGAGGCUGAAGUGCCGCUGGCUGCCAGCCUGGCAUUCACAGCACUCAGUGGCCUCCUUUCUGUUCACUUCCUGCUCUGGCAGACCUUGGUACUGUGGAUGGACUCGGUCCUCAGCACCAUUCUCCUGGUGCUGCAUGGGCUGGAGGCUGGCUUGCAGGUGGUGGUCAUUGCUGACUUCAUCAGGUAGACAGACCAGGAUAAGCUACAGAGCAGUGCUCCUCAGCUUCUAGUCAACUCCUUUGCUCCCAGACACAAAGGGUAUCUUUUCUUUAUUGAUUGUCUGUAGAUGGAUGUAAAUGGUUUGUAAAUCUUUUUUAGUGAGGGGGGUACGGGAACCAGGGAGGGACAAACUUAGGAGCCUAGAUGUGGAAGUUGGCCAUCACGGACAGUAGUCAAUCCCAAGAUGUCCUCAUGUCAUGUGGCUGGGGUCCUGGCUGUAGCAGCAGGACCACCAGUGAUUGCCAGGCCAGUGGAAGGCAAAGCCCUUCAGGAAGUCAACAUCUGAGGGCAGCCCAGAGCUCCACCCUGUCUCAGCCCCAGACAGCAGCAUCCUGGCAGAAGGACUUGGCUCUGUUGCUCUGUCACCAUGGGUUUUCUCACAGCAAUGACUGACUUCUGUGCUUCCCACACUGGCCCUGCUUCUUGUUCUGAGAACCGCCUGUACAGUUUCCAGGCCUUGGUCCAGGCCUGGGAUCACUCUGGAGCUGCAGGAUGACAGGCCCUGUGUUCCAAUGUCCCCCCAAUUUGGCUCCCCGUAAGGCCAGCACUGAAUAAAACUCUCUAGUUUCCAAAAGGAAACAAAAGCAAGUAUAUACCAGGUGUGGUGCCACACAAACACCUUUAAUCCCAGCACCCAGGAG